GUAAGCCUAUUCUUCCUCUCGCCCCGUCCCCCUCCAGCCUCUCUUUGCAGUAAAAAGGGGAAAAACAGAAGCAAGGUUCACAGCAUUGUGAAUGUUCCUACCAACGUGAUUAAGUGGCACAGGGGCCCGAGUCUGCUCAGAGGCGGCAAUCCCUCCCUCCCUGCUGCCUCCAUGCACAGCCACCGAGGGCCUUAAAAGAAAAGCUGCUUUCAGACUGAUUACCACUCGCUUUUUGCUAAAGCAUGGAAAUCUCUACUCUCGCAGCUUACCAUUGCCUUGUUCUUGCCUGGUAUUUUUUCGUCCUCUAUUCACUCACACAACUAAGAACAGAAGAACGGCCAUCUGAAGUGUUCCUUUACGGUGGGCAGUGGAAAUAUUUGACAGUCCUCAAUCUGUUUUUGCAGGCUGUCUUCUAUGGGGUGUCCUUCCUGGCUGAUGUCCUGAGGCUAAUUAAGGAACUGCGAUGUGCUAAGUGCGUAAUUUCCAGCAGAGACCUUCUUUUCAGUGUCCUGGCUUUCCCAGUGUCCACAUUUGUUUCUAUAUCCUUUUGGAUCCUGUACACCUACAACCGAGAGCUGGUUUACCCCAAAAGCCUUGAUGGAGUCAUUCCAACGUGGCUAAAUCACACCAUGCACACAGCUGUGUUACCACUUGCUCUUCUGGAAAUCCUUGCCACACCGCAUCGCUACCCAGCAAAGAAGAAGGGACUGUUCCUGUUAGGCUGUGCCUCUUUUCUUUAUGUCAGUUGGGUCCUAUGGAUUUAUUUUGUAACAGGAGAGUGGGUGUACCCUCUCUUUGCUUCAUUCAGCCCAGCUGGGCUAGGAGCCUUUUUCAUCAGUAGCCUUGCCAUCGUCGUCUGUUUCUACAAUUUUGGAGAGUUCCUAAACCGUAUGAUAUGGGGAGAUUCAAUAGUAAUACUGGACUACAAACGGAAAGGCAAGUGAACGCUCCUCUUGAAGCCAAACAAUCUCUCCGUGAAUGCUGAAGCCAUGAAGUAGAGGAAAAUAAAUGCAGCUGUGAUAAAUCCUUUCUCCAAUGCGUUGCAGCUUCUGGUGAAGCCAUUAUGUCAUCAGACAUAUGGAAAACUGGUGGAAAAUGUGAAACGUUUGCCUCUUACAUGAUAACUCCGCAACUGCUAUGAAUCAGAAAAUCGUGUUCAUCUGUUUACACAGAUUUCUCGUCUCUUGCACAACGUACAUCGGGAUGUGUCCACGGUUAAAACUUGUCACUGGUAAAUGAACUCCCUCACAAGUUGGCACCACACCGUGAAGGACCUGCGCAUGCAAGCCAGCUCUUGUUUGGAUUGCCUUUCAUCAAGUCUGGAAGAAAUUAAGACGAGGGAUAAUUUUAACACUGCUGCGACUUCCAAGCUAGAUAGAUAACAAAUUGGGCUAACAAGGACUGCAAUUAGGAAUGUUUGCUCAGAAAGUUCACCACAAAGCCAAAUUCUUCUAAUGAGAAACAUUCGGGAAUAUUAACGUGCAAAAUAUCCCCCCUUCCACAUUAAUAUGAAAUCUGAACGCAACUUUUUUUUCCUUUUUCUUGGUUUCAGUUAAUCUUGUAGCAAAAGUAACCUAAUUAUACCGACUGUAUGAUUGCUUUGACAGAAAGCACGUUAAUUUAAAGCACUGUUUAACAUAAAGCUGCCUGCCAUAUAAUUACACCCCAUUCACAUGUUUACUAAACUCGCUCAAUAUAGUUGAUUUCUGUUAUUAGCCCCAACAUCUUGUUAACAUCUAUAACACUGGAGAUGUGCUUUGUAAACUCCAAUAAACAGACAAA